UGCCUGUCGGGCCCUGGCGGCAUGUGCGCAUGAAUUAGACAAUCCACUUGUCACAAGUUUCUCUGUUGGCUGUCUUUUGUUGUUCUAUUUCUUGUUUUAAAUCGUCGCUGUGUAUUUUUGUUGUUGUUGUUGUUCUUGUUCUUGUUUACCCAUGUCUUUCUCCCUUCCUUACCUCCUUCCUCUGCGCGUUCAUAUCCGCCUCCUCGCGUGACGUCACGACUCACCUGUGGGUGGGUGUUGGAUCUGGGAUUAGGUGUAGCCGCAGGUAAUAGCCAAACAUUGGAAGACCGUCCGUCGGCAUCACAAGACUGUACAGUUUAACCGAGGGAACGGCGACGCCGAUGAGUUGAGGCGCGUUGUUCGGUCGAGGCGGCGCCGUUUCCGAGUUCGCCUCUCCAAAGUUUGUUGUUUGGUGGAAGUUAAGUCCCGCGAAAGGAAGGAAAGGAAAAAAAUCGUGGGCGGUCGAGAUCCGCGUCUCUUUUCUCCGUUUGAAGCGCAGGCAGAAGUUUUCUCCUCUGCGAGACUUCCGCGGUUGGCUCGGCGAACGCGUUGUCUGGGAUUAAACGCAGCCACAAACUGUUUCCUCUUAUGCGGUCCCAGGUGUUCUGAGGCAUGCCUGGCCACAGCACGGGGGCUCCCCAGGCGCCCCGCCACCACAAACACUCCAGCUCCAGACCGGAAAAAUACAGACACACUCGGACUAUAUCCAGGGAGAGCAGCCAAGACUCGUACAAGGAUCCUCACGGGGAGCACCUGCACGACCACUCCAGGUAUCCGGAGAACAAGUAUGGUCGCAGCAGGGGACACCCUCGAAACGGCACAGCACGGGGCUCGGAGACGAUAGGAUUUAUUCCGGGGUCGGCGGACAAUGCUCCCACCAGCAGGCAUGCCUGUGGCUCUUGCGCAUCUAUGGGCUGGAGUGACUGCAAGGCUCUCAUCUGCUGCGUGCUGACCUGUGGAUUUUACGGCAGCCGAGAGCCCUGCCUGCCUGUAAACGAGACCUCCACAGAUCACCCCCCUAAAGCGGGGAGCGAGCCUCACCCCCCCAAUGGCAUGGCUUUCAGCAACCCCUGUGGUUCCCCUGUGGAGUCCAGCAAGCCCACCAAGCCUUCCAAGUUGCCCCCAAGCGACAGCUUCCGCUACCAGGACGUGCGCAUCGCAGGUAAGACAGUAAAGUAUUCGGCUGCCCCCACCAAACGGACCCGUACGACUGGCAAGGGGGAAAGCCAGCGGCCGGUCAGCAACACCAGCCUGUUAUCCCGCGACGACUAUGACUUGGACGACCUGAGCGACACGGGCACGGACAUUGACUCUCUCAUCACCAAGAAGCUGCUGGAGCUGUACGCCCUGCAUCAGAUCGACCAGCUGGCCAAGUGCACCUCCGACUCCUCCUUCUCCCGCAAGACCAACGAGAUCAGCGAGCUCAUCUACAGCAUCGCGCAGGACUACAACCUGGAGGAGCAGGAGGCCGAGUGCAAGCUGGUGCACGGGGUCAUCCGCAUCAGCACGCGCAAGGGCAAGAAAAACAAGAGCCACCAGGCAUCGGGACAGCGGCCUAACGGCAGGAGCGACGGGACUCUCCCUGACAGCGGCAACGAGACCAUGACCAACACCUUGAUGAGCAGCGAUUUCCCGGAGGUGAAAGUGUCGGAGCAGACGCCAUCAGACGAGCUGGCGAGGAAAAUGAGACAUUACAGCGGGAGAACAUACUCGUCCGGCACCACCACCACGGCCUACUCGGCCUACCAUCACAACACCGAAACAGACUCUUCGGGGGCUCCUCUGCUUCUCUGAGUAUCAUCAACGAACAAAACUGACCCAUACUGAGAAAGAAUGUAGCCACCAACAUGGACAAUUUCAUCCUUCUGCUAUCAUUUAGGCUGUUACAGAGUGGAGCACCUUUUACCCCUGGGGGCGGUGGUCCUUCUCCGACUGUUUGCUAUUUGAGUGUCAUUUAAAUUCAAGGACUUUCCAACAGAUGACCCAUGAUGAGACUUUUUUUUUUUUUUCUUUUUUCCACACGGGGAAGACAGUGUACGUUUCCAUGAAUUUGUAUUCAGUGUUCGAAUGAAAAACAACUACGGAAGAGAGUAAGCGAUGGUAGACCAUAACCGUCCUCAUUCUCGUCCUUGUUCUUGUUUAUGCAAGCUGUUGUGCAUGUAUUUUAUGUAUGCAUGCGCUUGUUGACUCCUGCCAUUUCUCUGGACUCCUGAAAUGCAUGUUUUUACAGGAAUAAGCCAUUUUUUUUAUGUGAAUAUUCUUAAGUCUGUGUUUCUUUGUGGUUUGUUGACCACUUUUUUUUUUUUUUAAUUAACCAAUAAGUUGAAUUUUUAACAAAAUAAAAAUUUUCAUGCCUGUUUAGGGCCUUUUCAUGGGUUAUCCAUUUCACAUCUUCGCUGCUCUUUGCCUCCAGUCAGCCAUUACGCCCUCUCUCUACACACAAGCCUGAAAAAAACAAAAGCCUGAAUGGUAGCUCGGUUUGUUUUACAGCACGUUACUAGUUCUCGUUAAUCAGCAAGUCUUCCCUUCGCUAAGUUUUCUUGCCCUGUCUUUUGAGCCUGCUUUUCCUCUUUAUCUCUCGGAUUAUUGUUGUCAAGCUCGUCUCCCUGAGGUCACUGUGUUGCAGUGAGCAGGCUCUUUCCACCCUCAGCAAAAGAAAGAACUUGUUUGGCUGGUUCUGACAAAAAGGAAAUAAAAUCCUGGGGUUUGCCUUUGUCAUUUAUUGUAAAGGGGAGUAGCAGUGCAUAACAUCCACCUGAUUGUAGGAGUCUUUCCUGGAAUCCUGCUUUGGAUCAACUGAGCUACAAUUACAAAUAUGUAUAUUCUUAACACACACCAACAUAUACCUCUGCUUUUUGCAUCGUGGGCUUAGAUGAUAGCUGCUGGAGCAGGAAUAUAAGUAAUUAUUGGCAUUCUCAAAGAGAGGUUAUUAAUUAAUAAUUAAUACACUCUUAACAAUUGGCCUAUAGAGAUUUUCUGCUAAUAAUGCAUUACCGCGUUACAGUGAUUUGAGAAGAGAGAAAAUAAGGCAGACAUCUGCUCUUAUGUAGAAUAUAAUGUUCUAAAGAAAAACCGGAAAACGGAUGCUAAAUUGUUGGCCAACAAACACACAGAUCAAUCAGUCCUCGACGAAGCCUAAAGAGAAAGAAGCUGUUCUGUCUGUGGCAUGUUUCAGUUGGUCUGUGUAACCCCGUUUCCUCUGGCUCACUGCCCCCACCAGCACAUUCCUGUUUUACCUGUAUGAGGUGUCAUGUAAAAGCUCACUGUUUCACAACUAACAUACCACAGGGUAGCACGAAAUCAAGAGGGCCUCCUCUAUAUAAAAUAUAGCCUGCAGAUUGUUCAGAGCAGGCCUCAGAUUUUUAUUGCACGAUGGGUUUUGCAUCUCGUGUCCUUUACUCAGUUUUAUGACCGCUCGAUGAAGGUUUUGUUUAUGGCUUUUAUACCGUAAUGUGUGCGUCCUUUAAGUUGAAGUCAGUUUCUGUAUCUGUUCAUUUUUUGUUGUUUUUUUCUUUAAAAAAACAAAACAAAACAAAAAAACACGUGACUUCCACUCUUCUCCAUGAGAGGGAGACAAAGUAGCACAAUCUCGAGCAUUUGUGGUUGUAAUGGAAACAUACAAGAGGCACUGAUCAGUUUCUCGGUCAGGAGAGAAGUGAUAAAAGCCUUCAGCGUGAUAAACGCUGAAGUCACCGAUGUCUGACCCUGUCAUUUCAGUAUGAUAUAAUAAAAUGACACUGAGUAAUAUAAAACUGGAAAUUACAGUAAAUUAACUUUUAUAGCGUCGCCUGAAAAGUUGGAGAAAAUGCAGCGUCACAGUGUGCUUUCACCUUUUCGUCUCGCCAGUGUUUAAAUUAAUGAUGACAGAUAAAUCUGAAUCUCUAUAUGUCCAGAACAUUUUAAAGCAUUUUAGCCACAUAUUCGGCACGGCCGCACUUUGGAAUUGCUUGACAGAA